AGACCCCUGCCUGCCUAUAAAUACAAGCCCAUGAUGCCAUUUCUUCUUAGGCUGUGCUUUCCAUUCUCCUUCAUCUGCUCUACUUCACAUAUAACUAGCACAGCAUUAGCAUCAGCUUCCAUCACUACAUCAGGACACGCAACUCGUUUGGACAAGCAUACAAAUCAUCAUGAAGACUACUUCCUUGAUGGUCCUGGCGUCUCUCCUCCUCCUCCAGCUUCUAGCUACAACAGCACAUGGGAUUAGGCUCGACAGGCAGCUACAUGAAUCAGUAAGCAAAAAGGAACCAGCAGGCCGUGGCUCGAAGGACGGGCAGCCCUUGGAUGCUAUGGACCAUUCGACCAGCAGGCCCUGCGCGUCGGAUGGGAAUUGCUCAGGAAAGGGGAAAAAGCCGGUGGCGCCGCACGCUGCACCGGCCGCAGCGCAGCAUCAGGUUCAGACACCUCGGAGGAGGAACAACGGUGACGAGCCGGAGGCGACGACGGCGAGCCACGCCGGCCGCAAGGAGGAGGCGGCGGCGGCGCAGACAUGGUCGAGCCGGGCGCUGCCGCGGCAACCGCCGCAGCAGGAGCAGAGAGGGACGUACCCGGACGUCCUGGACAUCGCCGAGAUGGACUACUCGCCGGCCACCAGAAAGCCGCCGAUCCACAACUGAGCUCGCGUGCAUGCGUGCAUGGAUCCCAACACAUCCGGACUAGAUUAGUACGCGACUGGCUUACUGAGCAUUAGUUUUAGUAUCUAGCUAGACUGUAUUAGCUAGGCUUCGAUCCUGAUGAGCGGAGCCCGGCGCUGAUGGAAUAGAAUAGUGCGUACAGCUAAAAUUGAGUCAUGAACCAUACGGGACAGCGUUGCCGGAAUCGCUGCGCCUUUUGUGAAGACUGAAGAGGAUGAUACACGACUUGGUGUUUCGCUUCUCGAGUAUCCCGCGAAUGUAACAUGCGCGUCGUGCUUGUAACACCGACCUUUUGACCACAUUAGCUAACAUAUAUUUUUUA